CUUGUUUAUUCUACACGACAAAGCAAAAUGGCAGCUCUCGGUGCAGUCUAUCUUGAUCUUGCCCGACGCGGCACAGCAGACGAGCCCAGGCAGCCAUCCCCACUCUUGCACUCCCUCGUCAUCAUCGCCUCAUGCAUCUUUGUGGUCACAGCGCUACUAGUAGAUUAUACCUACGGCAGAGUCGUCUUCACACUCGCUGCCAUCGAAGACCCCAGGCCAACCGCCUACGUACGUCUUGAAACAGACGACGACAUCGAGACUCCCGCCAACAAUCUAUCCAAACCCCCCCUCAAACCCAUCACCAGCUCUAUCAGCGACACAAUCGCGCAUCUCCAAGUCCACGGUGGCGGCCGUCUGUCUCGUUUUCGCGGCAUUGGCAUAUUCGCAUUGUACAUGGUCGCUACUGCGGUGCUCAUAUUGCCGAUCGGCGGCUUUUUUGCCCUAACCUUAGGCUCCACUGGUGUUUUCUUUGCGAUAUUCCUAGUCGGAGUCAUGUUGAUCAACCUCGAGGUCGCAUGGAUUCAUACUAUGAUCUCGCGACCAUCCCAGAAAUCGCUCUGGUCGCGUAUCCCUGCUUUUCGCAAGGCGUGGGUGAAGCUUGCUCCGGCGGCUUUCCUGCAGUCCUUGGCGGGCCAACUCGUACUGUCUGCUCUUUUCUUUCUCUAUAAGAAGCUACCACAGACAGGAAACAGCGCUACGCUUUUAAUUGCCAUUGGGUGGUCCAUUCUUUGCAUACUGAUAAAUACCUUUGUCACGAUGUCCAUUAGUGUGGUAUUCAUUCGCAUAGCCGCGUCAAUGUUGCCGGAGGACGAGGAGGCUAUUGUGCCCUUUGAUCGUACUUUUGGGCAUCUUAAUCCUGAAGUCAGCGUUCAGGCCAAAUUUGGUGUUGUCGAUGCGGUGCGUUCUGUUGAUUGGAACUCCAUGAAGCGCUUGUUAAAGGUUAUGGGCUGGUACUUUUUUCUUAUGACGGCCGUAACGGUGGUUUAUAUCUUGUUUUGCUUCGGGCUAUAUGGUGUGAUUAGACAUUGAUCAUAUUUGUGCUCUGCACGUCUGAUCUGUUGACAUGUCGAGGAAUUAGAUGUAAUAUAAUAUUCUUG